GACUGUCUGAAGGAUGCAUACAGUUGUGUUGUUUGUGCAUGCUCUUGGUAGAAGAUGGUGAAGGCAUGUUCAUGGCAGUACACAGCUGUUCUUUUUCUGGUAGCUCGGUGCUGAGCUGAGAAAUGGGAGUCAGCAGAGCAAAGCAGCAUUAAAUAGCUUUUAUCUGAACAAAGUGCUACAGGCAGCUGCAGUUCAUUGACUAAUGAGAAAUGAAGAAAAGGGCAGUACAAGUGAGUGUUGCUCUGUGCGAGCUACUCGAAAAGUCACAGCAGCUUUUAACACAGCUAUUUUCAGCAGAGUUUUUACUCUUUCUGGGAGAAAGCAGCCUUCCUGGGCCUUCUCUAAAACCUUAAAAAAAUGAAACUACUUCAGCUAUUUCAUAGCAUUUGUUAUUAAAUUUCAGGAGACGUGCACUUAGCACGCACUGUACCACCUGUAGAGUGUACAGACUUCACUAUUGUAAAAGCCUGGGUUUCUUGUUAUGGCUUUAUGAAAUUCAUGACAACGCUGAGAAUGUGGCAAAAAAAGUGACCAUCAGCUCUGUCAGAUAAAGUGCUUAGCUGGAAUCUACUUUUGCUUCCUGAGCCCCAACACAUAGGGAAUACAUAGAACUCAAAAUUAGGAUUUCGUUACACAGCCCUGCCUUACCCCUAUGAGUCGGUGUGUAGCUGUUUAUCUAACUCUAUAGGUGGUGCUAAAGCAGUAACAACCUCAUUGGUGCCUCAGAUAUUUUGCAAUUUCCUAGUCUGAAUCUUUUUGUAAGUGUAGAGGUGGUGUGAAGAGAGGUAGGCUUUUUUUCCUGUAGUCAUUAUGAGGUGACGUGUGCUAAGGUAAGCAAGAUAAAUUGUUGAACAAAGUGCACCUGCAAUUGAAUGUUGCUGAUUUUCACCAAAGAGCAGGCUGGGGAGAGCACACUUGCAGAAGCCUUAAUCUCUGAGGGUUCUGAAGGCUGGAAAAAGCACAAAUCCCAAAAUCUUCACCAUGAAGAGCUCUAGAAAUGUCUUCUAUCUUUUCUUCUUUCAUGCUGCACUCAGCCUGGAACGUAUCCGGUGGUGCACUGUCUCUGAUCAAGAACUUUCCAAGUGUAAUGACAUGAGUAAGGCCUUUGGUGGGGCUGGCAUCCUUCCCCCUCUGGACUGUACAAAGGGCGGGUCAGCUGCUAACUGUACCCAGAUGAUCAAGGAUGAUUUGGCAGAUGCAGUGACACUGGAUGGCCGUUUGAUUUACCAGGCUGGAAAGGAGUAUGGUCUGAAACCUGUGGUGGGGGAAGUAUAUGAUCAAGAGAUUGGAACUUCCUACUAUGCCGUGGCUGUGGUAAAGAAGAGUUCCAACAUCACCAUCAACAGCUUGAAGGGUGUCAGUUCAUGUCACACAGGCAUCAACAGAACUGCAGGCUGGGAUGUGCCAGUGGGUUAUCUAAUUGACAGUGGGCGCCUGGCAGCCAUGGGAUGUGACCUUCCAAAAGCUGUAAGUGACUAUUUCAAUGCAAGCUGUGUUCCUGGAGCGAAUGGCGUAAACUAUCCCAAAUCCCUCUGUCAGCUCUGCAAAGGGGAUUCAGCUGGGCAGAACAAAUGCGAACAAAAUUCCCAAGAGCGAUACUAUGACUACAGUGGGGCUUUCAGGUGUUUGGCUGAAGGUGCUGGAGAAGUUGCUUUUGUGAAGCACAGCACAGUGCCUGAAAAUACAGAUGGGAGAAGUCUUUCUUCGUGGGCCCAGCGGCUUCGCUCCCAGGACUUCCAGCUUCUCUGCCGCAAUGGUAACACAGCUGAUGUGACAGAGUGGAGAACCUGCCACCUGGCCCGAAUCCCAGCGCAUGCUGUGGUGGUGCGGCCUGACACAGAUGGGACAGUUGUCUUCCAACUCCUGAAUCAGGGACAACGAAGAUUUAAUGGGGUAGGCACCAAGUUUCAGAUGUUUGACUCCACAGCCUAUGGUGCCCAGAAUCUUCUGUUCAGAGACGUGACCACAGAGCUUGUUGCAAUCACAGCUCAGAAUUACCAGGCAUGGCUGGGUGAUGAGUAUCUUCAUGCCGUGGAAGCCCUGAGCUGUGACCCCAACACAUUGCCAGAAAGCCUGAGCUGGUGUGUUAUAUCCACUGAGGAGAUUUGGAAAUGUGGUGAAAUGGCUGUUGCCUUUAAGAAAAAGAAUUUGAAACCAGCAAUUCAGUGUAUUUCAGCCAAGACAAAGGAACAGUGCAUGGAGCUGAUCCAGAAGAAGGAAAGUGAUGCUGUAGUUCUAGGUGGAGCUGAUAUUUAUACAGCUGGGAAGACAUACGGCCUUGUACCAGCUGCUGGAGAAAGUUACUCUGCUGAUGACAACAGCAAUGCAUACUAUGCUGUGGCAUUAGUGAAACGAAAUCUGUCCAAUGCAUUCACCAUCAGUGACCUGAAAGGGAAGAAGUCCUGCCACACAGGACUGGGGAGAGCCGCUGGAUGGAAUAUCCCCAUUGGUAUGCUAAUUAAGAGGGGCAUUAUUAAGACCAGAGACUGUAAUAUUCCUCAAGCUGUGAGUGAGUUUUUCUCUGCCAGCUGCGUGCCUUCAGCUAAGCAGGACAAUUAUCCACCAAAACUCUGUCAACUGUGUAUUGGAGAUGACAGUGGAAACAAUAAAUGCAGUGCAGGUAGCCAAGAACGUUAUUACAGCUACAGUGGAGCCUUCAGGUGCCUGGCAGAGGACUCUGGGGAUGUGGCCUUUGUGAAGCACUCGACAGUGUUUGAGAACACAGAUGGUAAAAACACCGAUAGUUGGGCCCAAAACUUGAGGUCCAGUGAUUUCCAGUUACUGUGUCCAAAUGGUGCCCGUGCUGAAGUCACCCAGUUUGCUGAGUGUCACCUGGCUCAGGUGCCAGCUCAGGCCAUUAUGGUUCACCCAGAUACCAGGAUUUUUGCUCUAUACGGACUACUGGACAAAGCCCAGGUCUACUUUGGAAAUAGCAGCAAUGGAAAUGGAUUCAAAAUGUUUGAUUCUUCAACUUUUCAUGGAAAAAACUUGAUCUUUAAGGAUUCUGCUGUUGAGAUCGUGCCAGUAGAAGAGAGGAGGACGUAUGCAAAAUGGCUGGGGAGUGAAUAUAUUGAGUCUAUUGAAGGGAUGCAAACACCACGGUGCUCUGGGGCAGGGCAAGUGCUAACAGCACCUGCUCGUCAGGGGAGUGGGGUGGGGCUGGAAGCUGCCCCUGUCCAUGUGGAUGGGUGGAAUUUGGGGCAGAAGCCAGCAAUACAGUGUCAGCAUGGUUUCCAAGAUCAGUCCAAAACUGGAGCAUCUUUGCCAUCGUUGCUGAUGUUGAACAACCCUGGGCUGGAGGAUUCCCAGGUGCUGUUAGAUGGAUACUGGGUUUCUGACCUGUAGAAGAAUUUCUGCAUCUGGGAAGGCAGUAUCAAAAACUUGUCUAGUGAAUCCUCUCUGGCCUCCUGGCUCGUUACGUUCAGACUCCUACAUCCCUGCUUAUCCCAUCCUACCCUUGCUGGGGGCAACGGUUUCUUCUGAGCUCUGCUGCCAGAAGAGGUAAGAGCACAGAGGAUGGACAGACUAUGGACAGAGAGAUGACCUGCAGUCCAGAAUACAGCUUCUGCCACGGGCAAGGUCCUUCACCUUCCAGUGGAAGAAAGUAGGGGGGAAUCUCCAAAGUCACUGGACAAAAUGGCGGCCAGAGAGAUUUGGUGGGGACUACCUGUCAGUAGAGAAAAGAACAAAGCCAAAUGUGUGCAUCCACUGAGCUUGUUGACUUUCCACAACCAGUACUCUCACUGCUUGACGGAGAUGUCAUCUGCCCUGUGAUCUUUAAUUUGAUGCAAUCUCCAUCUCAACUUCUGGCUGUCCUGGGGUUCCCUUGAGAGCCUGUGCAUUAAACUUGUAUUUGCUGUGAAUGAAACGAAGUAGUUCAGUUCUGAUUAACCGUUGCUCUAUCUACUGGCUUGUAGCAUUUGGUUUUUAUUUUUAUCCAUAGCUGCAAUAACAACCACUGUUGCUGUGCUGCUGGCAGGCAGCGUCCUCCUGACUACAGCUACCACCACCUAAUGAUCCUGGGAUGAAAAGACAUUCAGCAUAAUAAAAACCUGGCAAAAUCAGAUAAUAACAGUAACAGUGUAAAUAAGUGAAAAUAACAAAUAAACAUGAAAAGUCAUUACAAUUUA